GCCCGAGUGUUCUUCCCUCAACCACUUUCUCGGUAUCCUACUUUCUCGGUAUCCGCAACAGAAGAAAUAUGGAAUUCGAUUCGAAUACACCUCCGGCCGAGAACUUGUACACCAAUGCGUCUAGCAGCGGGGAUACCUUUCGGUCUAUGGGCUUCGAAACAGAUGAUGCAUUGACAGAUUUUUUAGAUUUCGAGCUCGCUUCGUCCUUCACUAUGCCGCAAGAUGCGGCGGAAUAUCCCUGGACUGACGAACAGCGUUAUGAAGCACUCCGGGCUGACCACCUGGCUGUGGCCGAGGCUUCUACGAGCGGAUGUUUGGGGUUUCAUCUGCCGCUUCCGCUGUGCGAUCGUGUACAUUUAUCCCACUACCAUCAGGGGACAAGCGGACAUUCUUUUCCGACUUGCGGCGCACCCCAACUAGCCAUGGACGGUUCGGGCCAACCGACAGAAUUCACGACCCCACUGUCAUCGGUCGCCACGCCCGAGGUUGAGUGGCCGCCAACGCCCGAGGUUGAGUGGCUACCAACCGAUGAAGAUCUUGUUCAGGCGGAGAAGCUGGAUUCAGCGCCAAUGCUCAAACGGUACCUUUCGAGUUCGUCCGAGGAAGACGGAUGCAACAUUGAGGCCAUCGCCACCGAAGCGAAACGACGAUCCACCGAACGAGAACAGAUGGCAAUUAGCGCUGAGCUGCGCGACAAUCCGCACAAAAGGCACUGCCCGCCCCACCGUACCAGUCAUGCUUCCGGAAGCAGUGUUGCCUCCAUCGGCUCGUGCGUGUCGCUCUCCGAACGUCGGAAGACAAGCUAUCGAUACCCACCGGAGAAGAAAGUUCAAAAAAACGACUUUCCGUGCACAUUCUGCAUGUCGACUUUCAGCAACCCCGGCAACUGGAAGCGACACGAGGAAACGAUACAUCUGAUCCGGACCGAGUGGAUCUGUUCUCCGGAGGGUGCUGUGUGUCCGGCCACAGGACUAUGCGUCUUUUGCAACUCCGAACCUUCCUCGUGCAGUGCUGCCUGUGGAAGCGGAUGCUCAAAGAAACCAGUCGCCAGUCGCACCUUCUGCCGGAAGGAACACCUGAAGCAACACAUGAGGAUAAUUCAUAACGUUUUGAGUGCCGCGAUAGACCGUGAUGCUCCUAGGACCUUAUUUAAACAGCAUCACCGCGAGUUUCCCACCGAGUCAAGGUGUGGAUUCUGCGAUGAAAUAUUCGGCAAUUGGAACGAUAGAUGCAGCCACCUUAUUGCAGAGUUCAGAGCUGGAAAGACCAUGGAUCAGUGGGAGGGCGACUGGGGACUCUCAGCCGAGUGGAUGCAACGUCUGGAGGGGAGAUUUUCUGUCAGUAAACGGAGAUAUUGGAAUGCCAAUCCACGGCCUACUAGCUCUAGUAAACGAAGCCGACGGAUCGGGGGCGCUGACCAGGAGACGGCUACGCGGUCACGGCGAUCCCCAUGUAAGAGAUGCAGAGAAGUAAAGGUUAAAUGUAUCUAUCCGGUAACCGAUGGAAAAUGUACUCGCUGCGAGAGAUUGUGCCGAGAAUGCAACCGUGGCGUCCGCCAGGAAGAUGAGACCCUUGGACCUGAGUGGCCGUCCCGGCAGAGCAAGAAAGUUUCCACAUUUGAUAGUAUGACCUUUGUUGUCGGACAGCUGGACUCGGAUGAAUUCCCUGUCGGCGAGCGUUUAUUUCCCUACGUCCCAGCUACAUACACUGUAUCGCCCCCUCACAAUGAACCGCUGCCACCGCUGCGGGACACUUGAAGAUUCCUCUUUCAGACGAGACUUUACCUGGCGGUUGUGGAACGAUUAGAGGUGACUGUGCGCGAAGCGUUCAAGCUAAUCGGGAACGUGGAAGUACUAGAAUCGUCUCUCUUUACGUGGCUAUGGCAUGACCAAGACCCGUGUGCGAUGUGUGUGUGGGGGGG